AUGGAGAUUCAGUUCCAGAAGCAAAUAGAAGGGUUUUUAACACCCAAACAGAGCACAUUCAAUGAGAGAGACAUGAGAAGCACCAACAAGAGCAAGUUUGUUGGUGUGAGACAAAGGCCUUCUGGGAAAUGGGUGGCAGAGAUCAAGAACACAACUCAGAAGAUUAGAAUGUGGCUAGGCACAUUUGAUACUGCUGAAGAAGCAGCUCGAGCCUACGACGAAGCUGCUUGCCUUCUUCGUGGCUCAAAUACCCGAACCAACUUCAUCAAUCAUGCCCCCUCCAAUCCUGCUCUCUCUUUGAAAAUCAGAAAUCUCCUCAAUCAGAAGAAAGGCCUAAAACAAAGCCCUCCUUUCAGUUCAACCACUGCCAACAUGAAAACAAACACACUCACUAGUACUGAAACUAGUUCUACCAGUACUCCUAAAGCUAAUGGAUUGAAACCAGCUGAUACUCAGAUGUUUGAUGAGGCAUAUAAACCAGAUUUGAGCCACUGCUUGGGAGGAUAUGAAAUGGGUUCUUCUCAAUGUAAUCAACAAUCAGUGUAUACAAGUGAAUAUGAUCAUAAUAGUGUUUUUUCAGCUCAAGAAGGUGGUUUUGAGGCGCCAAAAAGAGUUGGUUUGGUGUCUGAGAUGAUGAGUGAGACUCAUCAGAUUCCAGAAUUUGAGCGCAUGAAGGUGGAGAGACAGAUAUCAGCAUCACUCUAUGCAAUGAAUGGGGUGAAUGAGUACUGGGAGAAUGUUCAUGAUUCCAGUGAUGCUUUUUGGGAUCUCCCCAUGCUUUGUCAGAUGUUCUGCCCAAGCUGA